AUGUACCCAAUCGCCUGGGCAGUCAUGGAGGGAGAGAAUGCAAACUCUUGGAGGUGGUUCGUCAACAUUCUCUCUCAAGAGCUUGGGUUAACAGAUGGUAGGGGCUGGACAAUCAUAUCGGACCAACAAAAGGGUCUGAUUGAAGCAACUCACGAGCUGUUACCGGAUGCAGAGCAUCGCAAGUGUGCCUGCCAUGUUUAUGCGAAUUGGAAGGCAAAGAACAAAACUGACCGGGUUCGUGAACUGUUCUGGAAGGCAGUUUAUGCUUGCAAUGAGAAUGAUUGGAAGAAGGCCACCAAGGAAAUGGAGACAAUUGAAGGUACCGAACUUGGAUCCACACCCUUUACUGAUUUCAUGGCUGCCGAACCCCGUUCCUUUUGCCGAGCAUUCAUGUCGACAAUGUCUAAGUGUGAUAGUGUUGAAAGAAAUAUCUGUGAGACGUUUAAUGGGACAAUUGUGAAGUAUAGGGGCUUGAGAAUAAUCGACAUGCUAGAGGGUAUUAGGUUGUACAUGAUGGAUAGGUUUGUAAUUAAGUACAACAUACUGAUGGACACCCCGGAUAUGUUGUGCCCUAGAAUUAGGAAGAGGGUAGAGAAAGUAAAGGAAUUUGCUAGGUUGUGCAUUGCUAGGCAGACAUUGGCGGAUAGGUGCGAAGUGAAGAUGGGUGAGAAUGGCUACAUAGUGGACCUAAAUGAUAUGAGCUGUACAUGUGGAUACUGGCAAUUGAGUGGGCUGCCUUGUUGCCAUGCUGUCUCGGCAAUUUCACAUAUGAGGAAGGAGGUGGACGAUUAUGUACAUCCUUGUUACAAGGCCCACCAUGUCGAGGGAGGCUACAGGGUUGGCAUCGCUUGCUUAGAUGGCAGGCAGGCUUGCCCAAAUGCUAUUGGUCUUGCAGUUCAUCCUCCGAAGCAAAGAGCCAUGCCGGGAAGGCCUAAGAAGAAGCGACGAAGGGCUGCUCACGAGUUGGAAACGAGACCUCAGAGGAAUGGGGUAGGCGAGGAGGUAACUAGAAGGGGGAGUAUCAUAUAUUGCAAGAAAUGUGGUGUUGAGGGGCAUAACUCGAGGGGCUGCAAAGCUACAGAAGCUGAGAUUCAGGUAUCACCAAGAAGGGCUUCUCGCACUGCUGGAACUCCUACUGGUGGAGGAAACAGUGCUGCCACCACUGUUUCAGCUGGAAAUAACACUGCUGCCCCAACUGUUCCAGCUGGAAACAACGUUGCUGCCCCAACUGUGCUCGACACAAGGAGGAAGCGAUUUCUCCAUUGCUCUAAGUGUCAAUCAGCGACCCAUAAUGCGAGAACCUACCCCCUCAACCGAGGAAAUGGAAUACAGGAUGUUGUGUUGAAUGUGGGAGAUCGAAGGACGAUUGAGCGUGAGAUGCGAGUUGCAACAAGAGGGAUAGGGGUGUAUUUGAAUGGAUCACGGGGUCGUCCUGCCGGAGGUACUCAGCCAAUUGAGAUGGAUGCCCAAGGAAGUCAGCCGCCUCCGACACAACCUUAG